UUCUCUUAGAUUUUAGCAACUCAUCAAUUACAAUGAGUAUUGUUACUGAUGUAAGCAAAAAAGUAGCAUCCUCUGGAGAUCAACUAACUGUUUCAAGCCAAGGAGCAAGAACUUUUUCAGUGGCUACUUUAAGUAAUACUCUAUCAACCCUGACAUCAGCUAGGUCAAAAGAGAAGGUAAAGACAUUUAGCAGUAAUCCUGCUAAAAUCCAGAUAUCUAAAGGAUCUAAUACCACAGUUGAUUUCUGCUUAGCUCAUUCUCUACUAGCUGAUUCAGAUUUUUCUUAUUCCUUUGAACAAAGCUCUGAAGAUACAUCAAAGGUGUCUUAUGAAUUCACCAGGGAUGAGGCCACUGGUAAACUUAGGAUAGACAGCCAAGAGUUUUCAAUAGAGACAACUACUGCUCAAUUUACCAUAACCUUAAGCUCAAACAGUUCAGGCUCAAAGUAUGUGUCUGAGGUGAGCAUAGAAGAAGAAAUUGAUUCUGGUAAAAAGAAAUCCAUAAAUGGAGCUCAAGACGGAAUCAUCGCCACCUGGAUGAUCAUUUCUGUACUGGGAGGAAUACUAGGAGGCUCUCUUAUACAGAUUCUAUGGAUAGUCUUUAACCAACAAAAGUUGCUUCUUUUCUUGAUCCUUGUUGAUACUUAUAUGGAUUCUUAUGUCAGGCUAGCGAUAACCAGACAAAAUUUUGGCCUUUUUAGCUUUGAUUUCUUAGGAAGUGUAAUUCCGAGUUUUGUGCAAACCCCGAUUAUUACAAAAAAAAUGGAUAUGAACCAGAAGACAAGAGUUCUAAGAGAAAUUGGGUUUGAUCUUGAAAGCACUUUCAGGACUUAUUGGUUGCCAAUCUUCUUUAUCCUAUUGACUCUUAUCACCCAUAUUUGUUGAAGAAUACUAUUCAAGAAGUUUCCGUGGAUAUUGACCAAAUACUCAAACAAAAGAGAGAAAUCUAAAGACAGACAAAUCAAGCCUCUUGAUGAGGAAGAAAUAGUGUCAAACCAAGAUGAGAAUAUUAACAAGAGAUCCUCCACCGAAGAAGAGAAGGAUGAAGAAGAGUCUGACCAUGAAACACAAAAAGAAGGUGGAGGAGGAGAAGAUGACAAAGAGUCUCCAAAUAAGUCCUUCAAUGAAUCGAGGAUGAACAAUACAGAGAGUAGAAUUGCUGUUGGUCAGUCAGGAAAUAUAACUAAUACCAUCAAGGCUGAUCUCGAAGACCCUAUUUAUGACGAUCAGGAAGAUGAGAAGAGGGAUUCUGAGAAUCACAAUAAGAAAAGAACCUUAAAAGAAGGAACAAAAGCUCUUAUCAAAAGCAUACUUCCAUGGAUUCUCAGAGCUCUCUCGUCUGGUGGUUACUGGAAUAUUUACUUCAGGUUUAUGAUAGAGUCCUUUAUGGGUGUUUUGGUCAUGUCAGUUAGUGAGAUCAAAACUAGUGGAGCAGCAACUUCGUGGCAAAGAUUCUCACUCUCUCUAGCUUACAUAUUACUGAUAAUCUUUCUUGCUUUCUAUGCCUUCGUCUGAUUCUUGGGAUUCAGAGAGUACAAAAGGAGAAAUGGGUAUGUUAGAGUACCUGAAGAUGAUGGAGAUGAACAGAAGAAACCUAAAGAAGUCGAAGAUGAAAUUUAUGGAGAAAUAUUUGCUGAUCUCAAUAAAUCUGCCUUUGCCUCCCUUCACCAGCCUUUAAAUCUGACGAGGAUUUUAUUGUGCAUAUUAUUGAUUCUUGUGGUUAAUGUGUAUGAUCAAUCGACUGUUUGGAUAAUAUUUGCAUUAUUCUUCAUAUUCCAGAUGCUUUUCCUCUAUCAAGCAGUAAAAUAUCCAAAAUUUGAAUGGUGGCUUCUAAAAGUUAUCUACUUGAUCAACGAGGUUUUCCUUGUUGUUUUUAUAAUAGUAUUUGCCCUCCUAAAGUCAAAACAGGAUUGGAAAAAUUCUUCGUGAAGAACGAUAGUAUUAACAAUGAUCUUCGCAAAUACAGGAAUUGUGAUAUUAUUCCAGUUGUUUGGGAGUUAUCUCCGCUCAGUAACUUUGUACAAAGAGACAAAGAGUUAUCUUCUCAAUAUACCAACUUCUCCAGGAUCAUCAGAUGAUAAAGCUCAUAAGUUCAAGAAUCAGGGAAUCCAAACAGACCCUGUAAUUCAAGAGGUCUUACCUGGAAGAAUUGCUAAUGAGAGUCCACAAACAGAGGAAAAUUUAGAAACAGAGAAAAGAAAAUAAGAAGAAGAACAAAAGGAAGUCCAAAAGACAGAAAAAGGAUAAAACUCAAUUAGAGAGAAUAUAUAAUAAUACAAUGGCUCCAAAGCCGAAGAGGAAUAGCAAAGAAGAAAAGAAGAAUAAAUCAAGCUCUAAAAAUGGCCCUAAAAAGGUCCCAUUACUACAAGUCCAGAGUGAGAACCCAAAAGGCAACAUUCUCGACCUCAGAGCCACCCAAGAUACUAUAGCCCUCAAAAAGAAAGACCCAGUCAGCCCCUCUCCCAGACCCCUCAGAUCCUCUCUCCUCGCUCCCUCUAACCCCACUUCCAUCCUCAACCAGCCUUUGCCCUCUCUACCUCCCUCCAUUAGGCUUCCUCAGAGUCCUUCUUCACGGUCAAAAUCCAAAAAUCCCCACUCACAAACACCUGGCUCCAAAAGUGCCAAAAGCACUAAAAGUGCCAAGAGUACCAAAACUGCCAAAAGUACCAAAGCCACCAAAAAAUCAAAAAAUAAGAAAAAGCCCAAGAAAUAA